AUGCCGGUGCCGAAGCGAAAGAGAGAAAGGGAGCCUUCGCUCAAGCAGCGAAUCGAGAAGCUACAGGAAGAGGUCUUUAGAGCUCUCAAGGCCGCCAAAGGUUUCGAGCGACAGCGACUCAGCAAGCGACAGCGGGAUGCCGACGUUGCUCCCGAGAAGCAACAGAGACUGGAACGGGAGAUCGCCGUAUUAAAGUCUCUCGACUUGCAUCAGACAGCACGCGCCCACCUCUUCUCGUCGCUCCUCAAAGUCAAAACAAUUGCAGCCUCCCCCGAUUUGCCCGAAGAAAUUCGAACAGGUGUUCCAAAGCCCGAGCUUUCAGAAGAGGAGAAAACAUCACUACACAAUGUCACUAGCGGUCUCUAUAGCAGGCAGCCAGUGAAGCAGGCGGUUGAUAAAGCCGUGCAGGCCGUCUGCAUGGCCCUCAACGUAGACAUGCCAGCAAAGGGCAAACGCAUACGAAAGGAUAAACGGGGUGAGGAGGACGCUGCUGCAGAAGAAGCCACACCUGCAAAAACAUCCAAAAGCGGCAAGGAUGUGACACCUGCAGGACGCAAUGAUGCUGCCGACGAUACAGACAUUACAGAUUUUGAGGGCUUUGAAUCAGACGACGAUCCUGUUACGCCGGCAGUUCAACUCGACAGCGAUGACGAGGCAGACGAAGAAGCCGGGUUCUCAAAAUAUAAUCACUUGCUCGGCAGCUCAUCUGACGAAGACGACGAGGGCGAUAACGACGAUGAGGAAGACAGAUACGCCCAUAUUCGAGGACUGGAAAAGGCCAACUUGGACGAUAUUUCCGUAUCAGGCUCUGCAUCUGAGGCUGACUCGGACAAUGAAGGAGAUGCAGCUCAACCCUCACCGUCGUUGUCACCUGAGCCCGAGAGGAAAAAGGCCAAAAAGUCGGAGUCGAGACCAGCCAAAUCUGCAGCCGCCCCAACAGGAUCGACUUUCCUGCCAUCAUUAAUGGGUGGUUACGUAUCAGGAUCCGAGUCGGCAUCUGAUGUGGACGUUGCGCCACAAAAGAAACGCCGAGGACAACGAGCGAGACGAGCCAUUUGGGAAAAGAAGUACGGCGCGGGUGCAAAGCACCUGCAGGAAGCUGCCCAAUCCGGUGACCAAGGGCGUGAUUCGGGCUGGGAUAUGCGGAGAGGCGCUGUCGGUCCUGGCGAUGGCGGGCGUCGCACACCUUGGAAGCAGGGCGUGAGCAACCCCUUUGAUAAGAACAACAACAACAAUCAUGCGGGCAGCGGUAGAUGGAACGGCAGAGAGUCAUCGAGAAAUAGCCACGGCUAUAACAACAACAAUGCAAGAGCCGAGGCUCCCCCGCGUCCGCCCCCCAAGAAGGACAACGAAGGGCCUCUACACCCCAGUUGGGAAGCCCGAAAGAAGGCUAAGGAUUCGCAAAAGGGUGCGGCGUUCGCUGGCGCUAAAAUCACAUUUGACUAG